CCACACACACACAUACACACAAAACACUGGUUUCUCUUUAACUUUCUCCUACUAAAAUUUUUUCAACUAAAUAAACAUGGGAAGGCCACCAUGCUGUGAGAAAGCUCACACAAACAAAGGAGCAUGGACCAAAGAAGAAGACCAAAGACUCAUUUCUUAUAUCAAAACCAAUGGUGAAGGUUGUUGGAGAUCUCUCCCUAAAGCUGCAGGUUUGCUUAGGUGUGGUAAAAGCUGCCGUCUCCGGUGGAUAAACUAUCUCCGACCAGAUCUCAAGCGUGGUAACUUCACUGAAGAAGAAGAUGAACUCAUUAUCAAGCUUCAUGGCUUCCUUGGGAAUAAAUGGUCUUUGAUCGCCGGAAAACUUCCCGGAAGGACGGAUAAUGAGAUAAAGAAUUAUUGGAAUACACAUAUUAAGCGGAAACUUAUUAGCUGUGGUAUUGAUCCACAAACUCACCGACCGUUGGUCGGUGAGAAACAACAAAUUGGUAUUAGAGCCAAUGGUUUAACUACUUAUGAUAAUGAACUUAAUCUAGACUUAUCUAUAAGUCUUCCUUAUGUUCAACCUCAACCAGCAUCACCUUCCAUUCAAGCAAAGAUAACAAGUUCAACAUUAUCUAUGGCAGCAGCAGCAACAACAACAACAACAACAACUAGUAGUACAACCACUUAUGCUCAAAGUGUAUGUCUUUGUUGUCAUAUAGGGUUGCAAACAAGUGAAGCUUGUAAGUGCAAUGUCAUUCAAAGCCAAAGUGUUCUUAGAUAUUAUGCAACUUAAUUUGGACAACAUGUAGAUAUAUUGAAUAAUGUAAGGUUGUAAAAAAUGGAAAAAAUUAUUAGUUAUAUAG